UUAAGCAUUCCCCUGGGCAAAACAGUCCACGUAGCUCCCUAGUCAUGGCCGGGAAGGAGGAAGCGAAGGAGCGAGACGCGCUCGCUGAGUCUCUGAACGAUCUCUUCACCAGCGUCUCCACCAUGGUCAAAGGUCAACUUCAGGGGACAAAUAAUCUACUGGAACUUUUGGAGAAGAUGAAUCUGAGAGUGGCAGAGGAGUAUAAAGGCUUUGGUGAUGUGGCUUCAGGAUUAAGGGUUUUUGUGGAGCAGUUGAAGGCAAAAAGUGGUAACUUUGACGAGUAUGUUCAGCAGAUUGAUGCGAUAGAACAGCAAGUGACAGAAUUUGAAGCUGUGAUUUCCAUGCUUGAUAAAUAUGUUUCUUUACUGGAAUCAAAACUGCAAUCUGUGUACCAAACUCCACCUCAAUGAAUAUAGCUUUUAAUUCACCCAUUUGUAGCCAAAGUUCCAUUUGCUGUAUCUUUGUCUUGUUUAAGAGAUUCUGAACUGCCAUUAAGGACACAAGGGAGGUUUAUGGUACUGGCCAAGGCUGCAAAAUCCCAUCAUUUUUUUUGGGUGAUCUAAGAAUAAAAAGUCCAUUUGCCACGAUUUAUUUA